AUGAUCCUUUUCUUUCUUGUGCUUCCUUCUCUAAAUUCUAUCACCUUUUCCUUCUCUAAGAACUACCUUUUUUUCUAUCCCUUUUCUAUAUUCUAUAACUAUUUCUUUCUCUUUCCUCUCCAUAUUUUAUUACUAUUUCUUUCUUUCUCCUCCCUCUCCAUAUUUUAUUACUAUUUCUUUCUUUCUCCUCCCUCUCCAUAUUUUAUUUCUAUUUCUUUCUUUCUCCUCCCUCUCCAUAUUUUAUUUCUAUUUCUUUCUUUCUCCUCCCUCUCCAUUUCUAUUACUAUUUCUUUCCCUCUCUUCCAAACAGCUUUCUUUUCCCUUCUACAUAUUCUAUCAUCAUUUCCUUCUCUAAGAACUGCCUUUGUUUCUAUCCCCUCUAUAUUCUAUUACUAUUUCUUUCUUUUUUCCUCCUUCAUAUCUAUUACAAUUUCUUUCAUUCUAUUCCUUCUCUAUAAACUAUCUUUGAUUUUAUUCCCUCUUCUUUAUUUAUUUCUAUUCUACUUUUAUCUAUUCAUUCUCCAUAUUCUUUCUUUUCAUCCUGAGUGGAUGUGCAUAUGUGCAUGCAACUUUUCUUUCUUUUUCUUCUCUAUCUUCUUUCUAACUCUUUCCAUGAUCUUUUUCUUCUUUCUUACUUUCUAUUCCUUCUCAAUGUUUUUCUUUCUCUUUUGA